AUGACUGGUCGGAGAUUAUGGUGGUGCAUUUUUGCAGCACUGCCUGAGUCAGGCAUGUGCGCCGUUGAUGCGUUGCCUGUGAGCUUUGCGACGGUGGGGGUGGUAGGUCGACCUCAACUGGAUCUCUUGAGCUAUUGCGAGUUCAAGGCACCCGAUAGCGAUUGGCGUUCGACAAUUGGAGAGCCUCUGCUUGAGCACACCACGCUGACACAAGGCCCGGCUUUUGCGAGUUGUCAACUAUUUGGGUUCUCCUCACACGGAUACUUCCAGCCGGACACAUUUCUCCGGGUCCGCGAGGGCGACAACGAUACAGACAUCGAUUAUCAACUGUACAAGGACUAUUCAGACAAAGGCGAGGACGUGAAAGACAAUGAUGAGACCAGUGCGACAAUCUCCUGCGACAUCUGCGGCCUAACUUUCAGCCAAGCUGGCCAACUCGCGCGUCACGAGAGGUCGGUGCAUACCUCUUCGAGGCCCUUUGUAUGCCCAGAUUGUGAUGCAAAGUUUACUCGUGGAUACAAUCUAAAACGGCAUCGGAAACGACUUCACGAUUACACGUCAGACGACAACAACACUUCCACCUCACGGGAUGACAUCACUUCUACCUCACGCGACGACAUUACUUCUACCUCACGGGACGACAUUACUUCUACCUCACGGGACGUACGACGAAGUGUCUCAACCGCAGUCGAAUCUCGCGAGCUUCUGAAAUUAGGUCCAGGAGGAAUCAGAGCUUUUCAAGAAGCAUUCGAGUUUGCCCGGCCUCCAUCGCCCCCAUCUCCAACAGGCUCCGGUCUUGCCAACAACUCAGCUCAUCGACUUGCCACACCAACCGACCAAGAACUAAUCGCUUCAGAGCGUAGGCACUUCGAGCGACAUGUACCUCGGGGAACGGCUGGAGAAGAACUUGUUCGUCUGCGGAGCGACUGGCACCAGAGGUUGGCUAUACUACACUUGAAGGAGGGUACGAAAGCUCUGCGGAGAUUGCAUCGUGUCUAUGGUGCUAAUAAGAAUCCGGAUGAGGAAUAA